GUUAAAUGAUAAUAAAAUUUGAAAUUUUAUAGAAUAUUGUGAGAGAUUCUCACGUUUAGAAACCACCAUACACUUACACAUAUGAGGUUAUUAUUCAAUGUGUAUCAUCAUUUUUUAUUUAUAAUUUUUAAUCGAGAUUUAUGGAUUUUUUUAUAUUUUUCCUGUUUUUUAAAUCGCAUCAAAUUUUAAUUUAAUUCCCUAUUAAUGGAUGACAGUUAUGAAUCUGUUUCUCUAAAAAAACACGAAUUUGAAGAACAAACUGACAACACUCCCGACCAGAAUGAUGAUGAUAACGGCCCUGUGGAUUCUUUUCCGCUCGGGAAACUUCAAGAAGUUGAAGCUGAGCUGGCCAAGAUUAUAUCCACUGGAAUUCAGGACACCAGUUUUAUGUGUAAAUCUGAGUACUGUGUAAUGAUAAGGGAUUUCACUAACAAGUUGUUUCCCGAGCCACAAACUGAUGAUUUUGGGGUUGAUGUGCGUCUCAAAAAUGUUGUAAGGGCUUUGGGUGAGGGCUCGGUACUGCCUCUAACUGAGCUUGUGAACUCACUUAAAGUAUCACUGGGUACUUUUUUUGACCUUGGACCAGACGAUAAGCUUUAUAAGCUUGUGCCGGUAUUUUUAUCACGCAAGAAUCUGGGCGAGCCUUAUGUGAACCUGAGUGGGAUUGUCCGUUCAGAAUGUAAGCGGAAGGAUUGUAUGUGGAUUUGGGAGACUCCAACCCUUGAAGUUUUCCCUCAGCCUCUUCUAGACCAAGUUCGGUCAUCACGAGAGGCUAGAAACUUAAUUUCAAGACGUUACAAAGCACUUUCAAAACUCAAAAAUUCUAUAAUUACUGAAGACCUGAAGGGACAGCAAAUGGCCCUUGAAACUCUUAACACUCUUGAUAGGAAAAUGUUACUGGAUAAGGAACGUAAAGAAAGGAUGGACGUUAAACGGAAAUCCUUAGACAAAAAGAAAAACGAGAAAUUGAAGGUCCAGAAGACUAAUUCAAACAUGCUAUUGAGUUGGUUGAAAGUCCAGAAGGCUGAAGAUACCUCGGAACCUCGAAAGGAUACCUAUUCACCUACCCUACCUGCAAAGGAACGAAAACCUAAUAUCUUUAUAGACUGUUCUGACAAACAGAGAAGUGAGCUUGAGAGUAUACUGGACCCGCUUUCUGAAUUUUCCGAGUCUUCAGAGUCUGACCCGCAUCUGUUCACCAAGCGCCACACCUUUAGUGAAAUCAAUAACCCUGUAAGAUCAGCUGUGAAGGAAGAGAACGCCGAGAUAUUCAAAUUAUCCAAUUUGCACAGAGAUGUUUGGACCAGGUUUCACACGUAUUUGGAGAUGAACCGCCAGUUUUAUGUGGACUCAAAUGAGAGCCGUAUUUGGGUAGACGACCCUCUGAAUAAUGUUGAGCAGGUUAACCAUAACUCGACCUGUUUAAAGGCCAGCCGUCACUGUAGAGUGUUUAGCAUGUACGACAAUGCUUGGAAACGUCCACCAAUGCGUUACCUUGUUGGUAGAAAUAGUGCCCUCGUUACCAGGUUUAACCAGGUUACGCCAGACCCUAACGUCGACUACUGUGUCGAUUCUGACGAGGACUGGUUUGAGCGCUACGACGCAGACGACGUUGAGGUCAGUGAGGAAGAGGAAGAAGACGAUGAGGAUGAGGAGCAGGAGUGGAUUGUUCAGGACAGUCCUAGGCCACGUGAGUUCAGCACUGGUGUUUUCGACACUGACCUUAGCAAGUGUGUCAAGGUUUACUGCAUUUACAAGAACUGGCACUGGAUCAUUGAUGGGAAACCGGUCUGUGAUCAGUUUAGCAGUAAGGAAGUGGCUCUUGAAAAUGGCAUUAAUGUAACCCACUCAGAAUACGGUUUUGGAUUUGAAGGGUACACUGGUAAUCCUAUUGUUGAUUUGAUGAGGAAUUUGCGUGGAACUAAGAUCACAAUGUCCCGCAGCGAUGUUGAGGAUCUUCUCAGACUAUGUCAUGGGAAACACACGAGGAAGGAGGACCUGAUUGCCAUUUUCAAGGAGUCUAAACCCUUUGCUUCCAUGAGUGAAAUCAAAAACAAGUUCAAGAAGUACAUGACUCGUCUUAAAAUCGACGACAAGCCUCAUCGUUGGAUGGUUACUCCUGAGGCCGCUAAACUCUUCAACAUUCGCAAGGAACUCGACCGGAUCCUCACACAUCAGCUCAACACUGAAAUCCUCUCAGAACCAUUCUUUUAAUUUUUGUUCACACAAA